AUGGCACCCGGCGAGUCAAAAGAUGAGCGUGAAGAACGAGUGGCCCGGCUCUGGGAAUCACUGGACUUGCGCAGAGAGGGCCAUAUUGACUUGACGGGCCUGAAGAAGGGCUUGAAGAAGAUCGACCACCCUCUGAAAAACGCAGAUGGCAUGCUGCGCAGCAUCCUGCGCGAGGUUGACACGAACGGCGAUGGCCGGAUAGACUAUGACGAGUUUCGAACGUUUAUCGACCACACCGAGUCCGGGCUAUGGCAGAUGUUCCAGGCCAUCGAUCACAACCAUAAUGGAGAAAUCGACAAGGGAGAGCUACGAAAUGCAUUUGCAAAGUCAGGGGUCACCGUAUCGAGUGCAAAGCUGGAUGAUUUCUUCGCCGAAGUCGACAAAAACAAUGACGGGGUAAUCUCUUACGCAGAAUGGAGGGACUUCCUGCUUUUCCUACCGCUGCGUUCCACGUCCGACCUACGCGCUAUCUUGUCAUACUACACGGCCACGGGCAAUCUAAACCCGGAAGGAGAUGUCCACAUCAAUGAUCUGCAGGGUUUAGGUACAGACCCCACAUUUCUUAACCGUUAUCUCCUGGGCCUCAAGCGCCUCUUGUACAAUAUCCUUUCUUUGCCCGCGCUGGCCUCCCUCCUUCCUUCAGCCCUCGCGCAAGUCACCGCCGGCCCGCCUGCAACGUUGAACACCGCUUUCGGGAAUGACUUUGCCUCGUUAGACGGUGACUUCGAGCUGGAGUGGCUGCCGAUUCCCAAGACUGUCGCCAUGUGGAUGUCUUUCCGCUAUUAUGAACGCAAGUUGACCGAGAAUACCCCUAAAUUAGGCUACUUCAUUGCAGGAGGGAUUGCGGGCGUCGUUUCUAGGACGGCCACCGCCCCUCUCGAUCGUCUUAAGGUCUAUCUGAUUGCCCAGACGGGUGUCAAAAAAACAGCGAUCCGCGCGGUGAAGGAAGGCGCUCCUUUGGCGGCGGCGGGAAAUGCAUCCAGAACCCUGGUUGGUGCGCUCAAGGAGCUAUGGCGCGCUGGCGGAAUGCGAAGCAUGUUUGCUGGAAAUGGGUUGAAUGUCGUCAAGGUCAUGCCAGAGUCUGCCAUCAAGUUUGGAGCCUAUGAGUCGGCAAAACAAGCGUUCGCUCGCUUAGAAGGACACAACAAUCCCAAGCAACUUGCGCCCACAUCACAAUUCUUGUCAGGUGGUAUUGGUGGAAUGGUGGCCCAGUGCUUUGUCUAUCCUCUCGAUACCUUGAAAUUCCGCAUGCAAUGCUCAACUGUCGAGGGAGGGUUGAGAGGAAACAAGCUUAUUAUCGCUACUGCACGGAAAAUGUUUAACGCAAAUGGGCUGUUUAGUUUCUUUCGUGGACUGCCGCUUGGCCUUAUUGGAAUGUUCCCUUACGCCGCGAUCGAUCUGACCACAUUCGAAUACCUGAAACGUGCCCUCGUCGCUCGACAAGCUCGAUUGAGUCAUUGUCAUGAAGAUGAUGUGACCCUGAACAACUUCCUGACUGGUGCAAUUGGUGCUCUUAGUGGUGGUCUGAGUGCCUCAGUCGUCUAUCCUCUGAACGUGAUGCGGACUCGGCUGCAGGCUCAAGGCACCGUCCUACAUCCCACUACAUACUCCGGCAUCGGCGACGUCGCUCGCAAAACUCUCCAGACCGAGGGACCUCGUGGUUUCUACAAAGGUCUCACCCCCAACCUCCUUAAAGUGGCACCCGCCGUGUCCAUCAGCUACGUGGUCUACGAGAACUCGAAGCGAAUGCUCGGCUUGAAAUAA